AUGUCUCGUAUCGUCUUUUUCAAUGACUGUAACCGCAAAAUUAACGAGGACCAUCCGCAUCGAUGGGAGGCCGUCACCGCUCUGGUGUACCAAGUACAGAAGCAUCUUGUACAGUCAAAGUCCACACGCGCGGCAUAUCUCAAGAUCCUCCUCGAUUUCUAUGAAGCCAGGAGCGAGGCACGAGACCUGCUCCCUAUGCCCACCGAUGAAGACGUUCUUCACUUCUUCCAGAACAACUUCCCACAUGUGCACCUGUAUCUCAGUCGCAAUACCACCCGUCGUGUCGUCCCCCGUGCCGUCUGGAGAGCUCAAGUCGGAGAGGCAGAGAACGAGGUGUUUCUACCCGAAGCUUGUGUUAACGCUGUUCAAGUCUCGGAUCAAUGCUCUGGGGACGUGGAAGCGGUAGACUUCCACUUGGAAUCGGACGCGUUCGUAGCCUCGGCCGUUCUUGUCCUACUCCACGAGUUGCUUUAUGUUCUCAUCGAACACGUCUUCGCACAACUACCCGACCCCCUGCUCGACUUCCGUAUUGACUCUGCACAUGCUGAAGAUUGGGCGGAUGGAGGGCUCGAAUAUGCACUCCUCGGAUUCCGCAUCUACGGAGAGUGGGAUGCUGGCGCCCUCGACGUCUUGCGGGACAUGAAGGGUAUUGUUGCUGAAGUCGAACACCCUGCUAAAGCUGUGUACUCGCUUGACACUCCAGCGGGUGCCAUCGAGCUGCGCAGGUUCCUUGACUCUUUCAAGACCGACACUCUGCAUCAAAUGCGUCUUGCAGACAGUAUGGAGGUCACUGUCGACCCGCCAUCGGGUGGUCUCCGCGAACACGUUCAGUCGGCGUUGUAUACGACAUCUGCGAUCCAGAGAGCAAUCCGCGAGAAUGAGAGGAAGAGUCGAGUACUUGUUCCGACAGUAAGAUUUGGGAUUGGUGGAUGCACAGGUUCGAGGAGAAGAUGA